AUGGUGAUGGAGCGGCUGGCGGACUUCGUGAGCAAGUCUUUGGAAGGUGGCGAAGCGCCCGCGCCUCCGCCCGAGCCCGGAGAGCCCGAGGACGCUGACGACGUAGAAGUGGACAUCACAGCUUUGGAGGAGAAAAGCCCGCCCGCGAAGAAGCCACGCAAUUGGCUGGUGUCGCCCGUGCCUACGCAGUGCAAGAGAGAACUGAAUAUUGAUGAUGAUGACGAUGCAAAGCAUGAUAUUAUCGACAAAUCCCCGAACGGUGGCGUCGGCGGCGGCAAGCAGAGGCGCUCGCGGACGAACUUCACGCUAGAACAACUGGGGGAGCUGGAACGACUGUUCGACGAGACACACUACCCUGACGCCUUCAUGCGCGAGGAGCUCAGCCAGCGGCUGGGUCUCAGCGAGGCCAGAGUCCAGGUUUGGUUUCAAAACCGUCGGGCGAAAUGUCGAAAACACGAAAGCCAGAUGCACAAAGGCCUGCUAGUAAGCGGUGGCGGCACGCCCCUAGAGCCGUGCCGCGUAGCGCCGUACGUGUCGGUGCCGCGGCUGUCGGCAGUGCCGCGCGCGCCGCCGCCGCCUCCGCCACCGCUGCCACUCGCACCUCACACUUCACCGCCUGCAGCGUUCGCUCCUUUCGACUCCGCUCUGCUGUCAGCUGCUGCACAUCAAUACGCGAGUGCGGCAGCGGCUGCUGCAGCGGCACUGUGUCCACCGUACGCGGGCCUGGCGGCGCUAGCGGCUCGCUGCCGCUCCUCCUCGAUAGCUGACUUGCGGCUGAAGGCGCGACGACACGCGGCCGCACUUGCAGCCGCUCGCGCACCCUCCCCGCCCACCGCACCCGCAUCCGCCGACACAUAGC